AUGGCUGUUGGCAGCCAGGGAACCCUAGAUGGAAGACACUUGCUGCAGAACUGCUGGGUAAGAGGUGUUAUUUUUGCACCUUACGGCCCUGUCUGGAAGCAACAGAGGAAAUUCUCUCUCUCAACACUGCGUCAUUUUGGAGUGGGAAGACACAGCUUGGAGCCCAAAAUCAUUGAGGAGCUGAAGUUUAUAAAGGAGGAAAUGCUGAAGCAUGGAAAGGAUUCAUUUAAUCCCUUUCCGAUCAUUCGCAACGCUGUAUCCAAUGUUAUCUGUUCCAUGGCCUUUGGCAGGCGUUUUAACUACGAAGAUGUUGAGUUCAAGACGAUGCUGAAGAACAUGGCGCGUGCACUAGAGCUAAGUGUGAACAGCUAUAUGAUCCUGGUCAAUAUCUGCCCUUGGCUGUAUUACCUUCCCUUUGGGCCUUUCUGGGAACUUAGGAAAACAGAAUUAGAUAUUACCGCUUUUCUAAAAAAAAUAAUCGCACAGCACAGGGAUACACUGGAUGCAGCAAAUCCCAGGGACUUCAUUGAUAUGUAUUUCAUCCAUGCAGAAGAAGAAAAGAACAACAAGGAGAGCAGUUUUAAUGAAGACUACUUAUUUUUUAUCAUUGGUGACCUCUUCAUCGCAGGCACAGACACUACUUCCAACACAUUACUUUGGUGCCUGCUCUACAUGUCUCUCUACCCAGAAGUACAAGAGAAGGUUCAUGCAGAAAUUGAAGCAGUUCUAGGACGUGACAAGGUUCCCUCUCUUACCCACAAGGCUCAAAUGCCCUUCACAGAGGCAACCAUUAUGGAAGUGCAGAGGAUGACUGCAGUUGUUCCACUUUCUAUUCCUCGAAUGGCCUCAGAAACUGCUGUGCUGCAGGGAUAUACUAUUCCUAAAGGCAGUGUGAUCGUGCCCAACUUGUGGUCAGUACACAGAGAUCCUAACAUUUGGGAGAAACCAGAUGAAUUUCAACCAUCAAGAUUUCUGGAUGAAAAUGGCCAACUAAUUAAGAAAGAGGCAUUCAUUCCUUUUGGAAUGGGUAAACGUGUGUGCAUGGGAGAGCAGUUGGCAAAAAUGGAGCUGUUCUUAAUUUUUGCAAGUCUAAUGCAAAGUUUUACCUUUUUGUAUCCUGAAAAUGCUGCAAAACCAUCUAUGGAGGGAAGGUUUGGUCUAACUUUAGCUCCAUGUCCAUUCAAUAUAAUAGCUUUGAAGAAAUGA